AUGACUUACCUAAAAAACCAUAUAAGUAGUAUAAAAAGGAGAAUUCUAAAUCAAGGGGAGCAUGUAUACCUAAUACAUAUGGCCACCAGAAUUAUCAAAUGUUAUCUCCGACAUCCCCGUUAUCACAAAUCGUUAUACCUUAUGAUAUUAUGGUUUAUUACCAUGGCUACUCUUAUCAUGAUCAAGGUUAUAUUAUCACGGUUAUACCUGCACUUAUCUCGUUAUCACAAGUCAUACCUACUGUUAUACCUUAUGUUAUCAUAUAGGUAAGAAAUUAACCUUAUUAUAUUUUCAACUACACAGUUUCAACUAUUUUUAAGUAUUAUGCUACAUUUAUAUAACCUUAAAUGAAGGUUUUUUUUUUAAAUAAAAAGACAAAAUUUAUAUAGGUAAAUACUUAUUUAUUAUUUUUAACAAUACAAAAUAUGUAUACAUUUAUUAUACAUUAUUACACACAAAAACCUGCCUUUCUUUAUUUUUACUAGGAGUAGUUUUAAUUCUGUCCAUCGUAAUUGUUAUCUUAUAAUUUAAAUCUAUAUUAACAUCUGACAUUUCUUUCUCCAACUAGAAAUUUGACACAUACAAUGAGUCCAGGUUAUCAAACUGAAGUAUGUAACGAACUUAGUUUCUGUGACGUAUUUGUCACAGAUACUAGGGAUAGUUGUUCUGUUGUUUCGUGAAUAAGCAUCUAGUAAGUUAAAAUACAUACAAUUAUUUAAAUGUCAACUGUAUUUUCAACCGAUUUACAUAAAAAAAAUACAAAAGUAAUGAAACUUUCAAAUGCUGCGAAAAUUCGUAAAAAAAAUGUUUUCAUUUUAUUAAGACAAUUGGAUACAGACAGAAUUAUAAUAAUUAUAUAUUACAGACAAUAUUCAAUAGUAUGACUGAGGUGGCAGUGUCCUCAAAGGACCGCAGCAGAUGGCAUGCAGUUCUAUUAUAUUUGACAAAUAUUUAAAUUAUUUUGCUUGUAGAUAAGUUUGCAUCCCUCUCGAAUAGCAAAUGAUCCGUUAAAUUUAUUAAAUUAUUUACCUUUUGUGAAAUACCAAGUACUCGGCCAUAUUUGAAUCUUUUAGUUAUAUUUUUGUAAUUAUAUAAAUAUUAAAUAAUUAUAUAGUUAUAAUAUUAUGUUAUGUGAGCAUAACAUUACAUUUGGUUCGAAUAUUUUAAGGAAAAAUUUUAAUUAAUAUUCAAAUAUAAACGAAAAGUAGUAUCGCUCGACAACGAAAUUUGACCGAUAUUUGCGGAAUUAAAUUCAAAUAUGUAUUAGAAAAAUGUAGAUUUAAUGAAAAAAAUUAAUAUCAUAAGAAAAAUCAUCCUUUUUUCUAUACAAUUUUGUAUUCGCUUAGGGGUAUAUUCUGAAUAAUCUUAAUUAAAAUUCGGAUAUAAACAAAAAUUAGUGUCGCAGAAUAGCGAAAUUUGCACGGUUUUUCCGAAUUCAAACUCAAAAUAUUACUAUUUGUAAUUCGAUAUCAAUAAAAAGNUCUUUUAGUUAUAUUUUUGUAAUUAUAUAAAUAUUAAAUAAUUAUAUAGUUAUAAUAUUAUGUUAUGUGAGCAUAACAUUACAUUUGGUUCGAAUAUUUUAAGGAAAAAUUUUAAUUAAUAUUCAAAUAUAAACGAAAAGUAGUAUCGCUCGACAACGAAAUUUGACCGAUAUUUGCGGAAUUAAAUUCAAAUAUGUAUUAGAAAAAUGUAGAUUUAAUGAAAAAAAUUAAUAUCAUAAGAAAAAUCAUCCUUUUUUCUAUACAAUUUUGUAUUCGCUUAGGGGUAUAUUCUGAAUCAUUUUAAAUAAAAUUCAUCUUUUAGUUACAUAUUUGUAAUUAUAUAAAUAUUAAAUAAUUAUACAGUUAUAAUAUUAUGCUGUGUGAGCAUAGAAUUACACACCGGAGCAUUUAGGUGUAAUAUAACGCCAUAAUGUAACAGAGUUCGUGCUCCUUGAUAUGCUACAUGUUACAAACGACUGGUGUGUACGUUUAAGGUUGAGCACUAUUCUGUACUGGUUGUUCGCCGGUCUAUCCAUCAGUUAUUCACGGUUUGUUCUCGUGUAACAUCGUGUGCAAUGUCCUACCAAUUUACAAAUCGCUAGCGCGUCGUUUAUUUUAAUUCAUUAAAAUAUGAUUUACUUUAUUUUUGUUCAACGAGUAACUAUAGUCUAUAAUGACAAUAUAUAAUGGGCAUUUUUAUAAAAACAACUUGGAUUUUUAAUUUUUGUAAAUAAUUAUAAUAAUUAUUAUCAUAUGAAUUAUAAUAUAUAAUUAUUUAGGUGUUUUUAAUAGUAAAUAUUAUUUUAUAAUUACCUGUACCAGUUCUCUGACUAUGUUUCAUUUUCAUUUUUUUUUUUUCGAUAUGAUGCAUUAAGGCUGAUUAUUUUUUUUUUUUUUCAUUCAUCCGGUGUUGUUUUUAUUUCCUUGGCUAACUCUGCCCAAGCAUCGAAUUUCGCAAAUUUAUUAUAAUACUUUGGAUUCUUUGGGAACCAUAGUAUCGUUUUUUUUUGUACAUCUCUAUUAUAUCUAACACUUUUUAAUUAUUCCACUCCAUUUUUUAAAUUUAAAUUAAAUUAAUACAAUUAUAUCAAAUUAAUUUACGAAUAUAUUACCGGGUGAUUUGCUGCGAGCAACUGGUUUACCGUCCACACUAGCGUCGUGUCGUAAUGUAAAAUUCCUUUAAUGUUCGUCAAAAUACCGACACUCGAGUGAAUCGACGGCGUCGCGAGCCGAACACGCGCGAAUGUGAACACCUGUGAAUUACAGUUACAUUACGGUGUUACAUUACACCUAAAUGCUCCGGUGUGUACCCGACUUUACGUCUCACACAGAUACUGCUUUACUCAAACAAAGCAAGAAAUUGCCUUAACACUACUCCUGUGAAACGUUCGGUAUCCAAUCGUCUUAAAAGAAUUCCACGAAAAAUUGAUUAUAAAUUUCAUACUCACCAACUAGACGUAAAAAAAAAAGAUCCCUCGAAAUUUUUUUAUUGGAACAAGGUUUCUGGUAGAAAAUAUAAAUCGCGUGUAAAUAUUUGAAAUACUAAAAUCGUAAAGCAGUAAAUUUGUCCGUUUAUCGCACAUUUGUUUGCUUGCUUUCUCACAAAACCGAUUAGAAAAUCAAAAAAUGUCAUUCUUAGUGUACCAAAUUAAUCCAAAAUUUAUCAAUAAAGGUCUCUUUGCAUUUUAAUUCUUUUUUUUUUUUUUUGUAGCAAUAUUUUAAAUUUAAAAGUUAUUUAUUAAAAACAUUAGAAAAUAAAACACAUAAUAGUUAUACAAAAACAUUCUACAAGUCGCUCUGAAUCUAUAAAAUGAGAUAAAACGUAUAUUUAAAAUUAUUGAAAUUUGUAUUAAGUAUUUGUAUACUUUUGUAUACAAAGUUCAUUUUAAUAGGAUGCCCCAAGUUUAAAAUUUAAUAAAAU